GAGAGAGAGAGAGAGAGAGAGAGAGAUUAAGAGAGAGAGAGAGAGAGAGAGAGAGAAAAACGUUUUCUCUGCUGCAGGGAAAAGGAUCUGUAAAAAAAGAUCUGAUCACAAAAGGUGAUGAAGAUUUCUGGUCUAAAAUCUGCUCCAUUGAUUUGUUUAUUUAUAUAUUUAUAUAUUUAUCUGUGUAAAAGCUGGUGCAGGUCAUCCCCGUAGCGAGGUCUCUGAUUGGACGCUGAAGAUAGAGGAGGAGUUGGUGAUCUCAGUGCAGAACAGGGGCAAAGAGAGGGAAAGUGUCACUCUACCAAAGGAACGCUCCGGAGAGCAAGUGCCUCCUGCCUCAGACUCCUGCAUCAUCUUCUUCUGCUCUCUGUGUUUAUCUGCACAUCGGCUCAUCGUUCGCAUGCUGCUCUCAUCUCGUCAUGCAUGAGGAGGACACGGUGUGUGGGGGUUAAAUAAAAGCUUUCUGUGAGCUCGAAGAUGCUACAAGAACCUCAGUGCAUGAAAAAAAAGCAGCUCUUUAAAGGAGAUAGAGAAGGAGGACACAUAAAAGAAACUCUGGGCAUAUAAUAAAUGUAAAUAAAGAUGGAAAGACUGUGGUGAGAAGCUCCUGCAGAUAUGAACAUCUCUGGGCACCACGGGCUGCACCAUGCCCACCGGAACCACAGCCUGGGCGUGCAGAUUGGAAACAAAGCCGCUGGCGGGGAAAGGAACUCUGCGUCCGGAUGCUACGAACAGCUACUGAUCUCCACCGAGGUCUUCAUCACGCUGGGGUUGGUCAGCCUUCUGGAGAACAUCCUGGUUAUUGCAGCCAUCAUAAAAAACAAGAACUUCCAUUCACCCAUGUAUUUCUUCAUCUGCAGCCUGGCGGUGGCUGACCUCCUGGUGAGCGUAUCAAACGCGACAGAAACGGCCGUGAUGGCGCUGAUCACCAGCGGAAACCUGACCAUCUCUGGAGACAUUGUAAAAAGCAUGGACAACGUGUUUGACUCCAUGAUCUGCAGCUCUCUCCUGGCGUCUAUUUGGAGUCUCCUGGCCAUCGCUGUGGACCGCUAUGUCACCAUAUUCUAUGCCCUGCGCUACCACAACAUCAUGACCCAGCGUCGGGCGGCGCUCAUCAUCGUAUGCAUCUGGAGCUUCUGCUCAGCGUCUGGCGUGCUCUUUAUCAUCUACUCAGAGAGUGCUACAGUCCUCAUCUGCCUUAUUAGCAUGUUCUUCACCAUGCUGGCCCUCAUGGCCUCACUUUAUGUGCACAUGUUCCUCUUGGCGCGGCUUCACAUGAAACGCAUCGCCGCUUUGCCGGGGAACGGGCCGGUGUGGCAGGCGGCCAACAUGAAGGGCGCCGUGACGCUGACCAUCCUACUCGGAGUGUUCGUGGUGUGCUGGGCACCAUUCUUCCUCCAUCUUAUCCUCAUGAUCUCCUGCCCCAGGAACCCAUACUGUGUCUGCUUCAUGUCUCACUUCAACAUGUACCUGAUUCUGAUCAUGUGUAACUCGGUGAUAGACCCACUCAUCUACGCCUUCAGAAGUCAGGAGAUGAGGAAGACCUUCAGGGAGAUCUGCUGCGGCUGGGCUUCAGGAUGGAGCUGCAGCUGGAGUUGCAUCGGCUUCAGUGAAAGACUUAACAGCUAUUAACCAUGAUGUUUUUUGGUGGCUGCAUUCUGAAGGCACUGAUGUUUCGCUCAAUGUUCAAGGCUGUUUGUUAACCUGAAAUCAUUAACUGCUUCAGAUGACUUGAAUUUUCAUCAUCACCAAUAGGAGGGUUGCAGUUCACUGAUGGACAGAAUCGUACAUACCUUCAUGACUGAAAAGACAAAAUCAAUGCAAUCCUGCAGGGAACAUCUGGAAUCAAGGUAUUUAGAAACGAUUCUAUCGAUCGAGGUGAUGAACAACCAGCUCCAUCUCAGUGCCUCGAUAACGGCUGGAGACUCCUCCCUGCUCUGCUGCGUGAUUCGUGCUCAUAUUCCUUCACGUAUUCUCAUGUAGGACGUGUGUGGUGAUGUGAAAUAAAUGUGAUUGUCUGGAAGCUGUUUUGUGAUAUUGCUUUAACUAACUGUGAUAUGUAGGAGUUGGUGUUUAUUUCUGCACAUCAGGCUGAUGUUCGCAUGUUAAACCCGUGUCAGAAAGCGUCAGGAGAAAUGUAAAUAAAUCAAUAUUGAUCACUUCCUGGACUACAUCUCUAGAGCUUCAUUUUGAAAUGAAGAAAUAAUCCAUUAUGUUCAUUUAGUCACAAAAAAUGUGAAUUGAAGCUGGUGAUAAUGUUCAGGAGCAUCCUUCAGAUCUUUCUACAUCUCUACAGCUGUUACACUGUCUGGACAAAAGUAUUGGGACACCUGAGUUUUCCAGCUAUAUGUGUUUCUUCAGCCCCUGUGCACAAAGUCAGCUCCAUGAAGAUCUGCUUUCCAUGGGUUCAAAGUAUUUGGAAGAUCUCCUGCUGUAAAGCUCCAUCACCAUUGAACAACUUUGGGAUGAAUGUGAACGCUGACUGCACCCCAGGAGCCUCCUCACCUUCUCACCUGCAUCAGUACUUGACUUUACUAACACACUUGUGGAUAAAUGAGUCUCCACAAAGCUCCAAGAUCUACUGGAACAUCUUCUCAGAAGAGAGGAGAUUUUUAUAACAGCAAAUGAGGAUUAAAUGUUUAAAAGGGAGCACAUAUCAAACUCAUGGUCAGGUGUCCACAAACUUUUGUCCAAACAUUGUAUUUUGUUCCUUAUUCCCAGGAUGUCUCAAGGAUCCAGAACACUCACAAAUAAGACCUUCAGAAGUUUCCAAAACCUGCAUACAAACUGUUACCAAAUGAAACCUUGAAUUUGAUGUUUUGUGUCAUUUUGUUGAAAGAAGGAUAUUAAAUCAUUUUAAAAUGGAAACCUGAAGACCAGAAACAUCUGCACUUCAAUGUUCAGCCACGAAUCUGGUUUUCAAAAGACUCCAGAAAACAGAGGGACAUUCUGUACGCCCUGUUACAAACAUACAAACAUUCAGAACAAGCGUGUUCUUAUAAGCAUGAGAUCUGCAGGUGCACUACAAUCAGAGCUGCUGUUAUGGGAAACUAAUCAACACCUCACAACCAAUCAGAGCCCAGAGUUCAACAUCACUGCAGGAAGAACAAUUUUCACAAGAUGUUCCACAUUUACAAAUAAAUAUCAGAGUUUAUUCUUUUUUCCUCUUUAUCUCCACCCACGUUCUCUCUCACUCACUAUACUACAACAAAAGUUCUCACACACACACACACACACACACACACACACACACACACACACACACACACACACACACUGUCCUUCAGCUAUUCACUCACUAACAAGUUCUUACUGAGGUUCCUGCCAGCCGUGACCUGUUGAUCUUCCCUCUCAGUGCAUUGCCUCAACAAUUUUCAGAACAGCCUCUAGAUGACCUUCAGAGAAUGACUGCUGCACACCCACACGGUGAUAAACACCACAGCAACACCAGCCUCUGCUUACAAAUACACUUUUAUUCCACAGGUUGGAGCCACAGGAGCUCUGUAGUUUCUACUCACUGCAUAACACAUGACAAUGUUCAACCUAAAGAGGUUCUGAAAAUCGAACUAUUUCUCAUAGGUCCUCCAGAAGAUUUUUUUUUUGGGUAUUUUUUCUUCCUGGGCAGAAGCAUUUCUUCAAAUGUUUGAUGAGACAAAUUUAAGAUUUUUGUAAAGAGUUCAAGAUUCAACCUUUAAGAGUUCCUUAACUCACUAGAGAGAAAAGAACAUUUAAAUUCUAAAAGAAUUGCAUCUCCUGGACCUUCUCCAUCUCCGUUCCACAUCAAUCAUCUUACUGCUCUCUCAAAGUAAAAAAACCAAACCACCCGUAAUGAUUCUAGAGGUUCUAAGAAGAUCUUUAAUUAAGGGAUCCUCUGAAAAUUCUUCUACAUGGAGCAGUUUCUGAAAGGAAAACACUUCUACACCCAAACUUUAAGAGUUCUGAAGUACCUUUUUCUAACAGUAUUAUUUUUAAAUGGUGUUCGAUAAACGGUUCCUUUCUUGUUGAACCUGUUGGAAAAGUUCUGAAGUUAUUACAGGUGUCAUUCAGGGUGGUGUAUUUCUGAGGGUUUUUUAUGGAACUGUCUCUGAUUGUUGUGUAGGAUUUAUACAUUUAACCUUCAAGGCUGUGACUUUCAGUCGGUUUGGUUUUUUUUUGCGGCUGUUUUAAACGGUUGAAGAAGAACAAACGGCGUGUAGGAGAACCAGGACGCUGUGAACAUUAUGAAACCCUGAUUCCUGCCUUUCACACAGACAUGGCAGGUUUCAGUCUGGCUGCUGAAGUCUAAAGGCGUAGAUCACAGGUUCCAAGCAGAACGAUUCCAUUAUUUCUGUAGAGCACUGUGACCUUUAAUGCGUCCAGACCCAGAGAAUGAGCUCGCUGCGUACGAGCUGCACAAGAGCGGAGCUGAGUGGAACCUGGGAGUGAAGAGGGGAUCGGAAUAAUGAAACAUCCGGCUUAAAAAGCUCUAUUUUCAUUUGAUGGCGUGUGAUGAGUUUUUUUUUUAAUGGUACUUCUGUUUGAAACCUUGGAUUUGAUGAGGGGUCAUUA